CAAAGCGCCGCGUCUUCAUGGAACGACAGACACGAGCGCAAUAAUGCCAAAGGGGGGUGUGCGUAUGGCAAGCAGAGAGCGGAGCAGAGAGAGAGAGAUUUAGAGCGAGAGGCAGAUGUCUUUCUCCACUCCAGAAGAGAAUACCGCAGCAAUGGAUAAAUAAUAACGACGUAGUAAAACUCAUUGACAGCUUGAUAAGACCUCAUUUCUGACUUCCGCUAAAGACACAAAAUAGCCCGACGCAUGCACGUAGGAAGAUCCAGGUAAUAUCGGUCUCAAAUCGCGUAAACGCGAGGCGCAUAAUCAUCGUUUUCAUAAUGCGGGCGUGAGUAACAUACUGUAAACGGAGGGAGGAAUACGGGAGGUUUGUAGAGGGCCAGUAGUAAUCGGCUCACCACUAUACGAGCUAUAGUCCUCUCCGCCAGACCAAAAGCGGGCGAGAGCGGGCCGAGACAGCAGUAUGUCGAACCGAAAACAUCGGGACAGCCAAGAGAUAUGCGCCCGCAAGGUCCGGGAGCUGGCCCAGGCUGUAGUAAACAAACACUGCUUCGAGUGCAGUCAACCGGGGGUGACUUACAUCGAUAUCACCGUGGGCUGCUUCGUGUGCACGUCGUGCUCUGGAAUGCUGAGAGGACUCAACCCUCCCCACAGAGUCAAGUCUAUCUCCAUGACAACCUUCUCCCAACAGGAAGUGGAGUUUCUGCAAAACCAUGGCAACGAGGUGGGGAGGAGGACCUGGCUGUGUGCCUUUGAUCCAAAGACAGAAGGUUGUUUCGACACAAGGGACUCCCAGAAACUGAAGGAGUUCCUCCAGGACAAAUACCAGAAGAAGAAAUGGCAUUUUUCGAAGAACAAGAACAGGAGGGAGGUAGAGGGACCCUGGAGCCCGCCUGGGGUCCAGUCCUUACCCAUCUCUCACGGCCCCACACCCGCCCAGGCCCAGUCCCACGCCAUGCCCCCCUCGGCCAGACUGUUACGCACACUGCCUCUCCUCCAGUCCCAGCUCUCGUCCUGGGGGGACAGAGUCCCCGCUAUCUCCCCUGCGGACAUGAGGGCUGACGUAUUCACUGCCCGUGCUCCCUCGCGCUCCCAGAGCUUCAGAGACCCCCCUAUGAAAGACUCUCUACUGAGUGGUAUAGAAAGACAACGUCCAGGCUCUCUUUCCUCGGCUAUGGGAAAUCAUAGCCAUGCCCCCUCCUUCCCUGCCCUCCCUCGACCCUCAGCCAGUAGCACUUUCAAAAACAACUUCACUUUAGGUCGUACAGUGGCCUCCUCGGGGGGCUCAGCUCCCUUCAGGGCCUUCCCUAAGUCUCUGAGUGUGGACUUUGGAGGGCUCAGCCAACAGCACAGUCGCAGUGCCCUCAGCGUCGCCCCCCCAGCCCCCAGCCCCAACACACACACAGACCACCAGGACCGCUACGCUGCCCUGUCCCAACUGAACAGUGUCUUCCCUGACACAUCACCCAGACCUGCAACUGGACCAGGACUUUACAGCACCCCCCGGUGGACUACGCCAGUAUAACACGCUCUUUGGGAAGCGCCUGUCCUCCAGUUCUACUCCUGCCAGCUCUCCAGGCGUGGAUGCCGUGACGGGAUCCCAAACAUUUGCAACUUUCCCCAACCCAUUCAGCUCCUGUUCCAGCUCUCAGCAGCAGCAGCAGCAGCCUGCCCUCUCUCCCAGUAACCCCUUCCACAGCUCCACCUCAGGAGGUAAGUUUCCCGCAGGGCUAGUGCAAUCCAGUGUCCUUGGGGCGUCUCUACCCUAACCCUAGUCUUAACCAUACCCUAACCCUAAUCUUAACCAUAACCCUUACCUAACCCCAACAAUUGCCUUAACCUUUUGACAUUUCAACUUCAAUUGGGUAACGUCAGAGUUGGGACGUCCCAAGGGGAAAAGGUCAAGAGUGUUCCAGUAGCAGUUUACAUGAAGGUACUCUUUAACGUGUUAAACUGUAUAUAAGUAGUUUAUAGACCGUGUUCAUGAGUUAGUACUGUAGUUUAGACAUCAUUAACAAGCGGUUAUAAUGGAGAAUUGAGAAUAACAUCUGCUCCAUAUACAAGGCCCCUGGAUUCGCGGUGUAUUAGAGGACACAAGAUGACACCCCAGUGUUGUGUUUCUUCCAGGUGACUCCAGUGGGUUUGUCACCUCUCCCACUUCAGUGUUUCCUCCGUCUGCCAACUUCCCAGCUUCCACUACCCAGAAUGCAUUUACUCAUGAGCAUGCCAACAAACAGGAAACCAACAGCAAGUAGAAGUCAACAAUCGUUCUAUUCUAUUCUUCUAAGCUCUGCUCUUUCCUAUUCUAUUCUGCCAACAGAAUUGCGAGAAUGUUCUCCAACGAUCCAGUACAGGACCACGCGAAAAUAGCACUUGCCGUUUUGCGUUCUGUAUAUACAAAGUACAGUACAUGCUUUGCCAAGAAACACAAAAGUUAGCCAGUGCUGUGGUGUUUGAUGGCUGCGCUACCACAGCAGCGUGCCAUGUCACCCCACAGCUAAUGAUGAUUACCAGCAUCUUCCCUCCCCUGCUUACACAACACCAACUCAGUCCCUAAAUAUAGAGUUACAACCCAGAAAUGUUGAAUUAGUGAUAUUGCCAUGGUUUGUGGGGCGUUGCCCAUUCUAGUAAUUAUAUUUCUUUGUUUACUCCCCCUUUCAUGUUGGGUGCUGGUUGAUUUCAAUGUGUGUUGAAUGGCAAUUCCCAUCUGGUUCUAUAUUUGUCAGACUAGUAUAGUAUUUGAUGUAUUAGUAUUUGGUCUUAAUGUGUCUCUGGCUUUGGGGGUGUUGUUGUGUUUGUAGGUUUUACCUCUUUCCCUGCGCCGGACUCUCAGCCCAAAGUUCCUUGUCCAAUGUCAGUGAACCCAUUCACUGGGAAUGUUUACCCGAGUAGAGGAAUGUCGCGAAACCCUUUCAUCUGAUCCCGGCGCCUCGGGCUACGACCGACAUGGAGGGGUGGACUGAAGACCGGUGAACUUGAAGAGCUGCUGCCAUUUCAAUGCCCCUUCAGAGAGAGAGGGGGGGGGACGUUCAUGCAGGCCCCUCUCCCCUCUAUGUGUGUGUGUGUUCGUGCGUGCGCGUGUGGAGUAUCUGUACUGUAACGUUUAUCCAUGGAAUGUGUGCAUGUGCGUGAGUGUGUGUGUGUGUUUACCACAUACCAUUUACCAAGGGUGUUUAUAUGGCAAUAGAAUCCACCUCAGGGAUCUGUGCGUGUCAUCACCAAGACGUACACACACACUUACACACUUAAGCUGGGUGUACACUACAUGAUUUUGGCCCCGAUUUAGCUGUCCCAGACAAGAUUUUGAGAUCGGAGACAAACUGUCGUUGCCUACUCCUUUAAUGUGAGCGGGUCAGAGAUGCAAUCUCAGGGCUACCGAUCCCGUCUUUGAGCAGUCCCAGGCGUUUCAAACGUUUGAUUUUUGUCGGCACAAGAUCUACAAUGCUCUUGGAAGUGUGAGAUGUGCAUCGACAAGUUCUGAGAAUGGUGAUCAGCAAGAGCCAAUGAGAUCUCGCCAGAGAAGAAGCCAGUUAAAUGAUGACGUUGUUUCGCAUCACCCAGAAUGUGUCGACUCUCAAGCAGAAGCCAUGACUACUAGUAUGCAUUUGUACUUGCCUUUAACCAAAGCCAAAGUGUCAAAUUGUUAAACAGCUCUGAAGUUCACAAGCAAUGUUAUUCCAUUCAAAAUGUUGGCUAGAUAUUUAAACUCUGUAUGGCAAGCGUGAAUGUCUGACUGAAAACGUUUACGAGGCUGCUCUGAGCCACAGCUCGUUCUAGUAACAUUAACAAUCCAAUCACAUCAUCACGUCAAUGUUUUAAUGAGACAGCGGGGUGGUACCGAGAAUCCUCACGACCAAGUGAAGAAUCUCGGCGUGUGUCACACCCAUUUGUGCUACGUUGGCAAGGCUAAAAACUACAGGGGGAAAAAGUUUGUUUAAUGUGAGAGGCUGAGCGAUGUUAGGAUUUUAAAAGUCGUGCAGUGUACACCCGACAUUAGCUGUUUCUCCCAUGUACUGCUUCUGUGCAACAGCAGCCCCAUCAGCACGUCAAAUCAUCAUAUUUUGCUCACUUUUUGGAAACACCUCUGAUAAGGACAUUGAAAAACUCCCCAAAGCUAGCCAGUCCAGUCCGUCAGUGUGUAUCAAGUCACAGAAUGGAGACAUCCCUCUUCAAGGCUUUCAGAGCUGAACAAUAUGACAAGCGCAAAGAAAUUAUGACAAGCAAGCAUUUUUUUUUCUUAGUGACGGUUAUGCCAGCCUUAACACAACAUUCUCUUAACGCAUGUAGAUUGGAAAACAUUCAGACAAGCCUGUCCCCCCCCCCCACCCCUCCCAUGUGCUGCGUGCAUAUCAGAGGAGGCUGGUGGGAGGAGCUAUAGAAGGACUGGCUCAUUAUAAUGGCUGGAUUGGAAUCAAUGGCACGGAGUCAAACAUGUGGUUUCUGUCACAAUGAGCCCGUUCUCCUACAGCUCCUCCCACCAGUUUCCUCUGUUGUGUACGAAUGUGGAAAAUACAUUUGUAUUGUUUUUUUUUUGAAUGUUUUGUUGUUUUUUGUAAAUGGUUUGUGUUUCAGUCUCAGGCUGCAUGCGCUGGGAGGGCAGCAAGAGGAGAUGCUUAUUGAAUGUAAAAGCUGUUUUCAAAACAAUAACAGUGUGUUUCAUCUCUCCCUGUAAUGGACCAAAUGUUUCUCGUUCUUUUGGGUGACAACAUGGAGGUGAAAUUCAUUUUCUUUCUUUCUUUCUCUUUUUUUCAAGAGUUCCAUCGAGAAAGUAUUUGUAAUGAGAAGUGUCCGUGUUCAUAAAUUCAAAUAAUAUUGGUUGCUUCUUUGAA